UCUCAUGACUUAGUCUUUACUCCACUACCUAUUAAAGAAGGAGACAAGACGUACAUAGACAGCUUCAAUUCAGACACCCAGAAGGACACAGAAAGGCAAGACAAUUUAACAGAGCUAACUGUAUGCUUAUCUUGUGGAGAGUGUUCCAAGCUCGCCUUUAUGUUGCCCAUUUUCUUCUCUGCAUUUAUCCUGUCUGCUUGCUGCUUAACCAAAGGAAACUGCAUCUCCUACGAUGAGCUGAAAGAUCUGAAGACUGAAUUUGCCAUCAAUCUGUACCAGCAGGUAUCCGAAGCAGAGAACAGAACCAAUCUGGUAGUCUCUCCAGCAAGUGUGGCUGUUUCUUUGGAACUGCUGCAGUUCGGAGCUCAAGGAAAUACCUUUACGGAGCUGCAGGAUGCCCUAGGAUACAACAUUCAUGAUCAAAUCGUGCAGGAUUUCUUACAUGCAGUGUACGAAGGAGCAAUCAACUCCAGCCAAGGCACGGUGGUUCAGCUGGCAUGUUCCUUCUUCGUGGAUGCCAGCGUGCAGCUCUCGCCCAUCUUCGCUUCACGUGCUGUGGGCUGGGCAAACAGCAGCCUGCAGCAAACCAACUUCACUGACCCCAACAGAACCACAGCCCAAACACAGGACUGGAUCACUGGUAACCUUGGAGGCCAGUUCCAGACUGCAGCUCUGGAAGGUUUCAGCGUGGUCGAGUUACCCUACCUGGGGGAGAAACUCAGCAUGUUCCUAGUGCUUCCCAGUCACAAAAGAACAUCUUUGUCCCGAAUUGAGUCUCACCUUUCCGCCAAAACCAUAACCCUCUGGGCCAACAGCUUAAAAAGAACAAAGAUGGACAUUUUCCUACCUAGGUUCAGUAUUCAAAGCCUUCUUGACCUAAAGACAGUUUUUUCUGCCUUGGGAAUCAGAGACGCAUUUGAUCCCAUCACUGCUAAUUUUAAAGGCAUUUCAG